GCAGAAGCGGCGGGCGGGUAGGGCCGGCGGCGGUGGACGCGUCGGAGCGGCGGGAGGCCAGGACUCAUCCCCUUUGGAGCAUGAAUACUGAGCUUUUUCCUUCUUGGCUGUGCUAACAGGAUCCAUCUCCCGGCACAACGAUGGCCGCUGCGGCUGCUUCUCACCUGAACCUGGACGCCCUCCGGGAGGUGCUAGAAUGCCCCAUCUGCAUGGAGUCCUUCACCGAGGAGCAACUGCGCCCCAAACUCCUACACUGUGGUCACACCAUUUGUCGCCAGUGCCUGGAGAAGCUCCUGGCCAGCAGCAUCAACGGCGUCCGCUGUCCCUUUUGCAGCAAGAUCACCCGCAUCACCAGCCUGGCCCAGCUGACCGACAACCUCACGGUGCUGAAGAUCAUCGACACAGCAGGACUCAGCGAGGCCAUUGGGCUGCUCAUGUGCCGGGCAUGUGGCCGGCGUCUGCCUCGACAGUUCUGCCGGAGCUGUGGCCUGGUCUUAUGCGAGCCCUGCCGGGAGGCCGACCACCAGCCGCCUGCUCACUGCACGCUCCCCGUCAAGGAAGCCGCCGAGGAGAGACGUCGAGACUUCGGGGAGAAGCUGGCCCGCCUGCGGGAACUGAUGGGGGAGCUGCAAAGGCGCAAGAUGGCCUUGGAAGGUAUCUCCAAAGACCUGCAGGCCCGGUACAAGGCUGUCCUCCAGGAGUAUGGCCAUGAGGAGCGGCGGAUCCAGGAAGAGCUGGCCCGUUCUAGAAAGUUCUUCACCGGCUCCUUGGCCGAGGCUGAGAAAUGCAACAGUCAGGUGGUGGAGGAGCAGAGUUACCUGUUGAACAUCGCAGAGGUGCAGGCCGUGUCCCGCUGCGACUACUUCUUGGCCAAGAUCAAGCAGGCCGACGUGGCCCUCCUGGAGGAGACGGCGGAUGAGGAAGAACCCGAACUCACGGCCAGCCUGCCCCGGGAGCUGGUUUUGCAAGAUGUGGAGCUCCUAAAGGUGGGCCACGUCGGGCCCCUCCAGAUCGGCCAGGCUGUGAAGAAACCCCGCACUGUUAACUUGGAAGAAUGCUGGGCCCUGGACACUGCGGCCACCUCGGCAGCCUCUUCCAGCUCGGUGACUUUCCGAGAGAUGGACCUGAGCCCCGAGGAGGUGGUAGCCAGUCCCCGGGCCUCCCCGGCCAAGCAGCGUGGUGGCAGCGGGCCCGAGGCAGCCACCAACAUCCAGCAGUGCCUCUUUCUCAAGAAGAUGGGGGCCAAGGGCAGCACGCCUGGCAUGUUCAACCUCCCCGUGAGUCUCUACGUGACAGGCCAAGGCGAGGUGCUGGUGGCCGACCGGGGCAAUUACCGCAUCCAGGUGUUCACCCGCAAAGGCUUCCUGAAGGAGAUCCGCCGUAGCCCCAGUGGCAUCGACAGCUUUGUGCUGAGCUUCCUGGGGGCCGAUCUGCCCAACCUCACACCUCUUUCAGUGGCCAUGAACUGCCACGGGCUCAUCGGCGUGACGGACAGCUACGACAACUCCCUCAAGGUCUACACCUUGGAUGGCCACUGCGUGGCCUGCCACCGGAGCCAGCUGAGCAAGCCCUGGGGCAUCACCGCCCUGCCCUCCGGCCAGUUCGUGGUCACCGAUGUGGAAGGGGGAAAACUCUGGUGCUUCACUGUGGACCGUGGGGCCGGCGUGGUCAAGUACAACUGCCUCUGCAGCGCAGUAAGGCCCAAGUUUGUCACCUGUGACUCCGACGGCAUCGUCUACUUCACCCAGGGCCUGGGCCUCAACCUGGAGAAUCGGCAAAAUGAGCAUCACCUGGAAGGUGGCUUCUCCAUCGGCUCUGUGGGCCCCGAUGGGCAGCUGGGCCGCCAGAUCAGCCACUUCUUCUCCGAGAAUGAAGACUUCCGCUGUAUCGCGGGCAUGUGCGUGGAUGCCCGUGGAGACCUCAUCGUGGCCGACAGCAGUCGCCGAGAGAUUCUCCACUUCCCAAAGGGAGGGGGCUACAGUGUCCUGAUCCGAGAGGGACUCACCUGUCCCGUGGGCAUCGCUCUCACCCCCAAGGGUCAGCUGCUGGUCCUGGACUGUUGGGAUCACUGCAUCAAGAUUUACAGUUACCAUCUGAGAAGAUACUCGACCCCGUAAGGGACUGGGGCAUUCCAGUGGCUCCAUUUCUCUCCAGCAUACUUUCCUUCCCUUGCUCCGUGGCGGGUGGUGAUGAUGGUGUCGUAGCAUAGAUGCGGCUGGCAUUCUGUUGCCAGCCAGUUCUAGAACUUUUGGAGCUCUCCUUGUUUAGUGUGUUGUUCAUGUCCUCCUUCACCCCCUCUUAGAGUUUUGACAGGUGCAUCACCCCCAUAUAGGCCAGGCACGUGGUGGGAUUAGCCGAAGUUUUAUUAGAAUUUAGGCACUUUCAGAGCUUUAGUAGAGUCUUUUCAAGAAACCUGGAUUUGAAAUUUGCCCUUCCAAGGGAUGAUCCUCAAUUUUUCCUCUAUUGGCUCCACUGACCCCAGUCCCUAUUUUCCUUCCUUCCUGUUCCAAUUUGAGACUUUUGCUUUAGCCCCGCUGCUACAUUCACUGCAUGAUUUCCUGGGAUUCGCUCUAUUUUUAGUGACAUUUUAGACGUUGUCUCUGUGUUAACUGGAUCCUCUUUACCAGUAUGAAAGGCUCAUUCAUUUAGUGCCACCAAGGGAGCUACACAGAAAACUUUGCAAAACAAUGCCUCUCGGCGUGGGUUUUUGUGCCAUCUUUGCAUUCACAGUUGCAGAUGUGACAGAGAACAGAGUCACCUGCUUGGCUGGUGUUGAAGACUUGGGCCUGGAAAUUUCUUGCCUUUCUCAAAAAGAAGCAUAGGGGUUGGCAUCACGCCGAAGCUUAGGCAGAUGGGAAUAAACAAACAGAAAUGCUAAUGUAGUCAGAAAACACUCUUGGGCAGUAUCUAGGGCUCCUCAUUUUUCAUACUACCUCUCUCUACCAACCUUUGCUAAGAGAUACCUGAGUAAUAGUGCCAACCAAAUGGGGAGGGUGGGGAAAACCAUCCAUCACGUUUUCAUUACAAAACCAGAACUGUUGGAUCCCGUUCUGUACAUUUCCUCAAGUAAGUGCAGACUGUUUGGAAUUGAUUUCCAAUUCCUUUAUCAAAUAUUAAAUAAUUGAGAACUA